AUGCCUCAUGGUGGCAAAACUCGAAGGCUCCAAGAUAUGUUGCCCCAGUCUCAAAUUGCUCCUGAUAGAGAUGAACUGAGAGAGCCCGAGAGAGUAGAUGAAUCAGUUCACCAGCCUCCUGAACAACGGGGACAGGGAAAUGUGAUCGGAACUGAUCCUAUUGCUGUUGAAAGAAUUGCUAUUGCCGUUGCGUCUGCUAUGCGUAAUUCUGACAGAGAUUUCAGUAUUGAAAGGGCUACAAAGUUAGGAGCUAAAGUGUUCACUGGCACAGCUGAUCCUGCAGUUGCACAGGCAUGGAUGACUAAGAUAGAGAGAGUAUUUGAUGUUAUGGGUUGCUCAGACGAUAGGAAGUUGUGUCUCGCCACUUUCUUAUUAGAGGAAGGUGCAUACGAUUGGUGGCAGUCGGUACAGAGCACAUAUCUAGACCCUUCCAUCAUCACUUGGACAGAAUUCAGAUGUAUCUUUUAUGAUGUCUAUUACCCUCGGUCCUAUAAAGAUGCAAAGCAGGAGGAAUUUUUGAAACUAGUACAAGGGCAGAUGACAGUUGCAGAAUAUCAGGUGAGAUUUAUUGAACUUUCAAAGUAUGCCCAAGUUCUAGUAAGCAACGAAAUUGAUAAAUGUAGACGAUUUGAAAAUGGGUUAAGGGAAGAAAUCCGAUCAGUAGUAACAGCUGCAGGCUGGAAUGUAUUUGGCAAAUUGGUGGAAUCAGCUUUGAGAGUGGAAAAGAGCAUUUCUGAUAGGCCAAGUGUUAGAGAACAAACAAUGUUCAGAGCAAGCGAUAGUCAGACAAUGGCAAGUGUUUCUAGCUAUAGACCACCACGGAGAGACAGUAGAGGAUUUCGACCUGGUGCCAGUUCAAGUCAAUUCAAAUCUCGAUCACGAGGAAGUCAGGGCCCUAGAUUCAGUCCCAGUACUGUACAGCAGCCAGUGGCCAGUCGUACUUAUACUCAGGGUUCUUCCCAGAGAUUAUUUACUCCGAGACAGGGCGAGAGUUUUACUAGUACUAGACUACCUUAUUGUCAAUUAUGUAGAAGACCUCAUAUCGGCACGUGUUUAAAGUUCAAAGGAAGCGAAGUCUAUUAUCAUUGUGGUCAAGGCGGACAUAUCAGAAGAAAUUGUCCAGUUCUAUCACAGGAGAGUGGUAUAGUACCGAAGAUAUUUCCUUAG